CACAGCAUAAUUACUCUCUCGCCCCUCCGCGCGCUCCGUCUCCUUCACCACCACUCUCCCGUCCUCCUCCUCCUCUCUCCCCUCCAAUCUCGAUCCAACGCAAACCCUAACGAGGUAACGAGAAACAUGUCCUCCGAGGGCCCCAACUCCAACUCCCUCGACGUCGACCCCAAAUCCCCCGACAAGUCCCCAAACCCUAGGCCCAAGAAGCGGCGAACCUCCAAAUUCUCUAAACCCAAGUCCCGCAACCGCCCCAAACCCUCGCUCUCCUCCGCCCUCGUACCCUUCUCCGCCGCAUCGAUGGCGGCGGCGGCGGCGCCGGCGAGGAAGAGCGACCGCAAGCGGAAGCCCCGGGAGUUCCCCGACGCGGCGGGGGAGCGCUCGGCGGCCGCGGCGCUGAAGCCGUGGACGGAGGCCGACGAGGUGGCGCUCCUCACGGGCGCCGCCGCGUUCCGCGCCCGCACGGGCUCCGUCCCGCGGCUCCCCGUCAUGGGCGAGUUCUUCGACUCCGUCAAGGGCUCGCUGAGCCCCCACCUCAACCGCGACAGGGUCUACUACAAGCUCAAGCGCCUCAAGAGCAAGUUCCUCCACACCACCGCCGACCCCCGCGGCGGCCCCCACGAGCACCUCGUCCACGACCUCUGCGCCGAGAUCUGGGGCGCGGAGGCGGAGGAGGGCGGGGACGACGCGCCCGAAGGGGACGGCCCCGCGGAGGCGAGCGAUUGGGCGGAGGAGGAAGACGCCGACGACGGGGCUGAUGCGUUCCCGUUCUUAAAGGAAGCGUUGGGCGAUUAUUGGAGGAGCAACGGGUGCUUCUUGUCGGGGUCGUCGCUCCGCAAGGGUUUGAAGCGGGCCGAUCCGUCGGAGGCGAAGGUGAUGGACGUUAAGUGGAGGAAGCAGUGCGAGGCUGAGCUGAGGUUGCAAAUGAGGCAGCUCGAAAUCUCUAAGGAGAUCUACGCGUUGCUGAUUGAAACCAUGAAGAGAUCGUAGUUUCGGAUCUUCUUCAGCUCCCUUCAUAACAAAAGAUCUACCUCGUAGUAUUUUACCAAUUUUGACGCAACAGGUCCGGCUGGCCAGCAUAUGUUAACCGAUCGACAAAUUGUAGCAGAUCAGCAUCUUCUCGCCCCUCCUGUUGACGCGACUAUGAUUGAAGCGCAUGCUAGAAUGCUCUACAUUAUGUAGAUUAAGUUAAUGUUUCUGUAAAUACAUCUGAAUGAUUUAGGUGGAACCUUUUGAUUAUGUCACUAACAUUGGUUCAUCAAGAUGCUUUUGUCUCGCGAUAUUCUGUUCUUCUCUGUACUUUGCUUUUGCACAGAUGCAGUCGCAAAUGGGCAUCCACAGCCAUGAGUCUUAUUACUUGUAUAUACUUCGCUUGAUUUCCGUUGCUAUUUUGUUUGAUUUCCA